AUGCUCAAGUUCCUUUCCAAGUACUCCACCUGCGACGUUUCGGACGCCCUGCUUAAGUUCGGCGUUUCCAACGGGGGCUAUUUGCCCAACCUCACAAGAUUCAGCCACAAUGGCUCCACAAUGGUCGGAAAAGCUUACACUGUUUUGUUCGCUGCAAAGGACGAUCCGAACUACACCGCAAUUAAAGGUGGCUACAUAGAUAACCUACCGCCAGAUGCCGUGCUGGUGAUUGCAUUGACGCCGGAAUUACAGAAACUCGAUGCUCCCUACGUCAAAAUCAACAACGCGUUGUACGGGGGUCUCAUGUCUACCCGUGCUAACUACCUGAAAAGCCCCGGGACCGUGGUGUUUGGCCGUAUCAGAGACCUCCAGGAACACCAGGACCUGAACAGAAACGUGUUCAGCUACGGACUCGGUUCGGCUGCACAUGCGCCCGUGGUCAAACUUGCCGGAAUCAACGUCCCAUUGAAAAUCUCUGUGGACUCCCAUCCCGAGCCUUAUCAGGAAACUAUAAACCCUGGCGAUUACAUAAUCGGAGAUGAAAACGGGGUGGUGAAGUUAGACGCGAGCGGCGACCUGGCGGAAAAAUGCCAGGAAUACAUUCCUAAACGGGUAGCUGCAGACCAGCUUGUGGCUCAGGACAUUUUGCAAGGCGUUAAAUGUGCAGAGGCCCAGAAACACAGACGUGCUGGCUUGUAG